CAUAUCUGGUGUAUAUUCACUGUCUACUCAGGAGCUAAUACAGGGCCCAGAAAACCAGAGAAGAUGGAUUUUUGAAAUGUUUGAAUAAUUUUUCUUAAACUCUUAAGAUAAACAUACAGCUGUGGUAAAAAUUAUAACCAUCAAUUGAACAUACAAUAAAUAUUAAGUACCUACAAAACAUACUCUGGGUCAGGAGAAAGAAAGUAAAAAAAUAGUAGAAGAGCAAGAUAGUAUGAAACAAGAUGAAGAUUACUAUGGUAAAAUGUAAAACUAAGAAACAACAACAAUAAUAAACCAAUAGGGCAAUAGAGCAAGAUAUCUGUGGUUCCCUGGUAAAGGGCUUUGAAGCUUUUAAUAAAUUUCAGUUUACAUUUCAGCAUGGAAAGGUGAUUAUCAACAGAUUCUUCAGUGAAAUGAUGGAUUUUUGUCCUGAGCAAUUAAGGAACAUAAAGCUGACCAGUGUGGGUUGGGGUGAAGGUGGGCCCAGAGACUGGGGCAGUCGGGGAUGUGUAAUGUGGACUUAACUAGACCAUGAUAAAGAUCGACUCACUGAUAACAUGCAUUUGAAGAGAGGAGUGACAUGUUUGAUGUCUACUUUAAAAAAUCACUCUGGCCAAUGGGUUGAGAAGUGACAGCAACCUACAUGAGACCACUAACAGUUUCAAGAGGACUAGUGGGGAAGCUAUUCCUGGAUCCAAGUAGAAGACUGAGUUGGAUAGGACCUAAGUUGAAGAGAGUGCCAUAGGAUUUUCUGAUGAACUGACUGAGAUAAAGGGCUGAGACGAGAGAUAGCUUCAUGAAGACUGCCUCUGUUACAAAAUGACUCUGUGAAACAAAUUGAUUUGAGAGCGGGAGCUCUUGGGGGUGGCUCAUUAAUGAGGGGCAACUAAACCCUGGACUCUCAGAGGUGGUAGAAGAGGGAGCUCUGAAUAUGGAGGAAUGGGGAGGGGUCGCAGUGUUUCUGAGAACCUCAGAUGCCUGGAUACCAAGAACAGGUUCACCAUCCUAUUGGCAGUUUCUGACCCAGGGAAAAAGGGAAGUUUCAAGGGUGGUGGGUGAAACCCUCAUAGAACUUUCCCCCCACUGGGGAGACAUUUUUAUUUUUCCUGUCUGAACUGUACAGAUACAGAAUGCUUCUGUGCAGACAACUAGGCUAUAGUGAGAUUAGGAAACUAAGGACUAUGUUGGCCCUUACAUUCCUCUGUAAAAACUCCUACAUUGUACCAUCUCCAAAAGGGAGCAUACAGAGUGUUUCUGUCUGUCUGUCUGUCUCUCUUAAGUGGGAGGGUUUCAAUUGUGUAAUGCUUCUUCAAUGAUAGACUAAAAUGAAUGGAUACAGCAAAAAUAAUCACUUGUGUCAUUUUUCUGGUGCUGCAAUGGAAAACCAACCACUUAACUGAAUUUUUAUUUGAACUGUUCUGGAGGCCAGAAAUAUGACAUCAGUUGUAUUGGCAGGGUUGGCUCCUCUCAGGACUGUGGGGGAAGGAUUUGUUCCUUACCGUUCUGCUGCGUUCUGAUAAUUGGAUGACAAUCAAUGGAGUUCCUUCGUGUAUAGUUAAAUGGCUGUGAUCUCUGCUGUGUCUCCAGAUGCCAUUCUCCAUGUGUUCAUGUCUAUCGGUGUACAAAUUUCCCCUUUUCAUAAGACAGAGUCAUAUUGGAUUAUGGCCCACCCUAAUGACUUCAUUUUAAUGUGCUCAUCUGCAAAGACCCUAUUUCCAAAUAAACUUAUCUUCACACACAUCCUGGGGGUAGGACUUCAACAUCUUUUCACGGGACACAAUUCAUCACGUAAUAGCAUUCAAAGUGUAUGAAACAAGACAGACUUUCUCUCUCCACUAUCUGUUGAAACGUCCAUGUUGAAACUUCUCUCCCAUGACUGACAGAUGCCUCCCUGGAAUGUGUGUUACUCAGGUAUGUGGCAUGUGUGUGAUGCUAAGUAUAUGAACCCCUCCCUCCCUAGAAACAAACAUUUAGGUGCCUAUUGACAUGUUGCCUUAUGUCCAGGCCAAGGAAAAGGCUCAACAUCUACAAACACAAGACUUCCUAGAACGUCCCAACUGGCCUUGAUCUCUCCAUUUCUACAUGCCCAUAGCACUGGGUAUCAAUUUAGUUCUGGCCCUACUACCUCUGAUUGCCAUUGCUUAAAUCGGUGCAGUAGUGGAGAGAACUCUCAAUAGGGUUCCUGAGGCUGACACGUCACCCCAAUUCUACCUAGGACAAAAAUGAUCUCUGUAAGACAUUUAUUCUCUUGACACAUCUGAUGAAGGCAGUACUCUUAUUUGUCAAAAAAUGUUAAUAUGAAAAAUAAAUAGGUCAAGAUGAUCUCUAAAUUAAAACUGAUUAUAAACUUGCUAGUCUUAAAAUGAUUUUCUUAUUGUGGUUCUUGCUGUUUCUGUAGGUGUCUCCGGAGAGUGACUUUGAGGGCAAUGGGAAGGUUCUGUGUGGGACAGGCCUGCAGGAGUUUGUGAGCAAGAGGAGCCUCAGCGGAGCAAGGCCAUGGAUUUUCCAGCACAAUUGAACAUAGCGGAGGAGCUGACCUGCCCCAUGUGCCUGCAGCUCCUGACAGAACCCCUGAGCCUGGACUGUGGCCACAGCUUCUGCCAAGCUUGCAUCACUGCAAACAAUGAGUCCGUGAGCGCCCCAGGAGGGGAAUGCCACUGUCCUGUGUGCCAGAGCAGAUACCAGCCUUGGAACCUGCGUCCUAAUCUGCAGCUGGCCAACAUAGUGAAGAAACUCAGGGAGGUCAACACGACGUCACAACAGUGGCAGGGGGCAGAUCUCUGUGAGCAGCACGGGGAAAACCGCCUUAUCUUCUGUAAGGAGGAUGGGAAGGCCAUUUGCAAGCUUUGUGUGCUGUCUGUGGAGCAUCAUGGUCACCAAAUGUUCCCCAUUGAAGAAGUGGCCCAGGAAUGUCAGGAGAAGCUACAGGAAGCUCUGAAGAGGCUGACGGAGGAGGAGCAGGAAGCUGAGAAGUUAGAAGCUGACAUCAGUGACGAGAGAGCUACCUGGAAGGCAGGAAGAGAUUAUAUUGACUUGUUGGUCCUAGGAGCCUCAGAAGUCGGGACAGGUAGGAGCAGGGGCGCAGCUGCGAUGGCUUCAGGAGUCCUGCUGAACAUACUGGAGGAACUGACCUGCCCCAUCUGCCUGGAGCUCCUCACAAAACCCUUGAGCCUGGACUGUGGCCACAGCUUCUGCCAAGCUUGCAUCACUGCAAACAAGGAGUCUGUGAACAGCCAAGAAGGAGAGAGCAGCUGUCCAGUGUGCCGAGCCACCUACCAGCCUGGAGAUCUGCGGUCUAAUUGGUUUGUGGACAACAUAGUGGAAAGACUCAGGGAGGUCAAGGUGAGCCCAGAGGAGGAGCAGAAGAUAGAUCUCUGUGUGCGCCAUGGAGAGAAACUCCAGCUCUUCUGUAAGGAGGAUGGGAAGGUCAUUUGCUGGCUUUGCGAGCGGUCUCAGGAGCACCGUGGUCACCACACAUCCCUCGUAGAGGAGGUAGCCCAGGAGUACCAGGAGAAGCUCCAGGCAGCCCUGGAGAGGCUGAGAAAGGAACAGAAGAAAGCUGAGGCGUUUAACAGUGACAUCAGAGCAGAGGGAGCUUCCUGGAAG